AUGCAUCACAGUUCGACAGAGGAUAUUUCUAUAUCCCUCUUACUCUAUCCCUUUGACUGCUCCGCCCUUCUUGUUUCCACAGAAUCGUUCGCCUUCAAAUGCCACAACUUCCCUAGAUUAUUGCGUUCCAUGGAAACCAACUUAGUAGAGGAGAACAAGCAACUAAGGAAACGUGUUAUCGAAUUAGAAAGCCAAGUUGCGUCCUUACAAGAAACUCUCGACAAAUACAAAGAGUCGUGCCGAUUUCAGCUUCAACAAUUGAAAGAGUACAACGAUUCACUGAAGGAACAACUCCGCGCUGCCCAUGAUGGGUUUAUGACUGAGCAAGAUGAACCCAAUGAAAUUACAACAGAAGAAGCAGAGACUUUCAAGAACUUGGUGUUUUCUCCUGAAGUGGAGAAGAAGCACAAUAUUCUGUGCGUGGUCCCAUGGGAACGAAACUCAAAUUACAUUUUUUCGACAGAUGUGACCAAACGACUUGUCUGUAUCUCUCUCGACGACAAUUCCAUCGUUUCAGAGGUGCCUACAUCGGCUCCCUGCUGCUCUCUCGUCCUGGUACGUGGCUCGAAGUAUUUACUGGCUGGCUGUAUGGAUGGAAUGGUUCACAUUUUCCAAAUCGACUCCGAGAAUUACAUCAUCAAAAAGCUCACAAAAAUAGCGGAGAAGAAACUCCACGAGAAGGCCAUUCUCCGCUUCAAAAAGAGCGAGAAUCUGAAUAUCGUGUUGAGCACGAGCUAUGAUAACACGGUGGCUGUUUGGGAUAUAAAAGAAGACGGAGCUCUGCAUGAGGUUUCUCGUUAUUACUUCAAAUACACCGUGGAUGGGAUUGCGAUCGCUCCUUCCCACCACACGAUCAUUUUAGCAGAGCGAAACCAGCCGUUCUUGACGUAUAUUGAUUGGAGGACGCAGGCGAAGAAGGAAGUGAGCAUCAACCAGCACGAGUGGGACAUGCACGUGUCGUUCUGCAUCACGGAUUGCGUUCUGAUGGGCGAUGAGCGCUAUGUGGUGGCCUUGACCGACAAAAGCAACGUGAUUGUGUUUCCAGCUUGUACGUGA